CAUGCCUCUACAGCUUCCACCUCAGUUUGGAUGCUGGAAUGCAGAUGCUGAUAGGAGGUCACGCUAUUCGGUUGCUUGCAUCCGCACGGGACACGACGGGGUUGCGGUUAUCUCCGUCGGGCGAUCCGCGCAUGCACUUUUCUCGUAGCUGCCAUGUCAAGUUAGAUUUGGAAGGGUACAAUGUCUAGGAGUGCCGCAAUUUUGCGAUGGUCAUGCCAAGCAGCCACUAAGCACAGUCGCAGAGAGGGAUCUCCUGAGCAAUGUUCACGUUUUGGUGUUCCCUGGAGAUGGUUCAGCUGUGCUGAGCUCACUAAAAGGCCAGGCACUUCCACACCAAACCAGAUCAAGUCUGGAGAUCAGUACUUCAUUGUGCCAAAAAGCAGCACACCGCAUAGUACAGCUUACCUAGAGAAUUGUUGGUUGUUUACAUCGAAGAACCACUACAACCAAUCACUGGGAUUCUCAGGAACUUCUGAAGUUGGCACCGCAGUUGAUGGUGGGAACACCUGGAUUGAUAUGUCAGAAAAUGCUCAUUGUUCUGCUACCGAUGGUAGCACCGCAGGCAAGAACUUGAAGGAUCUGAAUGAUGCAAUUACACUUCAUGUCCAAGAGUUAUUUAGUAAUCAUGCAGAUCUAGAGAAGGUAGUUGUUCCACUUGGUGGUACACUGAUUGGUACAGCAAUGGCAUGGUUUGUAAUGCCUAUUGUUCUACGGAAGCUCCACAAGUAUGCAUCAGAAGGUCCUCUCAUGACAAUCUGGGGAGUCUCUACUAAGAAAGAAAUGUCUUAUCAAACAAGCUUGUGGAGUGCCAUGGAGGACCCUGCAAAAUAUAUCAUCACAUUUAUGGCAUUUUCUCAGAUGGCUGCAGUUAUUGCACCAAACAUUUCAGAUUAUCUUCCACAGGCAUGGAAGGGGGCAUUUGUCGUAUCUUUUGUGUGGUUUCUUCACAGAUGGAAAACUAACUUCAUUGCCAAUGCUAUGGCCAAACAAGCUGCUAUAGCAACUGACCGUGAAAGAUUGUCAGCAUUUGAUAAGGUAUCAUCGUUAGGACUGAUUGCACUUGGAGUUGUAGCUCUUGCUGAAGCCUGUGGUGUACCUGUGCAGUCAAUAUUAACCGUUGGUGGUGUUGGAGGUGUCGCUACUGCAUUUGCUGCUAGAGAUAUCCUUGGUAACAUCCUGAGUGGAUUCUCUUUACAAUUUUCAAGGCCGUUCUCAGUUGGAGAUUACAUCAAGGCUGGGUCAAUAGAAGGGCAAGUGGUUGAAAUUGGACUGACUUCUACUUCGCUGAUAAAUACAGAAAAGCUCCCUGUUAUAGUUCCUAAUUCCCUAUUCUCCAGCCAAAUGAUAGUGAACAAAUCGAGGGCCCAGCGGCAUGUUAGCGUGUCCAAACUUCCUUUAAGAACUGAAGAUAUUGAAAAGAUUCCUACUAUAACAGAGGAGAUAAAAGAAAUGUUGGUGUCCAACCCAAAAAUUGAUGUUCCUUACUGCUACCUCUCAAGAUUAGAAGGUUCACGUGGAGAGCUUACAAUUGGCUGCAACAUCAAAAGCACGAAAACAGAGGAGUGGUCCUCUGUAGAACAAGAUAUCCUCCUGAAAGCUGCCGGUAUCUUGAAGCGACAUCAACUCUGGACCGCCGUGUGAAUCAACAGCAUGUGUGAUAGUUUCAGAAGAUGAAAAAUCUCUGGCAAGAUCAGCUCAUAUGGGAUAAUGGGAGGGAGGACGUGUGUAAAUAUUCUUUCUUCUUUCAUCUAUCUUACCGUUACAGGAAUAAGAGACAAAAGUAAGGGAUGAAUUACCUAUACUGUUUGUCUAUGUGAUAAUUACAGUUGGUUGACCUCCCAGUCCUCACA